CGUCAGGGCCCGAAAACCUAACCACGGAGCGCGGGCGCUGGUGGCCGGGCCCGAGGACUCGGCUUGAGGCGAGUCCGCGGCUUCAGAUGGAUAGGACUUCCGUCGUCUUUUUCACUGGAAUGUCACAUCAAUGAACAUUCUGCACCCCUAAUGCCAUUUGGUUUAUCUGGAUUCUGUCACAAGUAAGAAAAGAUGGGGAAUAAGCAAACAAACUGCCAUCACAGUUACUUCUCACAGUUUCUACCUGAAGAGCAGGCUGAGAUUGAUGGAUUGUUUGCUGCCAUAUCAGGGGGUUUGGAGGUGCUGUCCUGUGGAAAGAACAGAAAGUCUUUACCAAUCCCUAUCUCUUUGGAAACGUUACAGGCUUACCUUGGGGAUGCCUUGCCGGAGAAAAUGACAGUCAGGCUUUAUGACGGAAUGAGGAAUGUUGACCCGAUGGGGACUAACAUGGGCCCUACUGAAUACGUCACCAAAGAACAGUUUGUAAUUUUGAUGUCAAAUCUAUUAAAAGGAAGUAUAGGGGAGAAGAGCAACAUAAUCUUGAAGAUGUUACAUGUACCUGUUGUAAAUGUGAAAGCAAGUCAUAUCCGAGAGUUUACAGAGGAUCUGAUUACCUCUGUGGUACAUGUGCUGGACUACAGAAAUGAACUGAAAGGUUGGAAUGUGAAGAAAACUCAAGAUUUUACCUCUGGUGUAAAGGAAUUGGCUAUUCAACUGUUCUCACCACUGAAACGAGAAGAAAUGAACCUAAAGCAGCAGAAGACCUAUUGGGAUUUUGAUGAGGAAAACAAUUGGACAAGUCCUGGAGAAUGCCACUCAGAUGAAGAGACAGACAAAGACCAUUUGUGCUGUGACAUCAGUUUGAUCGAAGACUGGCUGCUUAAAGUGCCCCAGAUCUCCACCUUCUUAAAUGUGGUCAUCAGGCGAGGAUUCCUGGUUUUGCAUUCUCACACAGAGCUCGCCAGUUUCAUCCCAGAGUGUAAAGAUGGCAGAGAAUUCAUGAGCCUCUUUAACAUUCCUGCCAUCAUUUACAUCAACUCUCACCUGCCUACAGAACUACAGUACACAUGGAAACUGAUUUUUUCUUCUCACAUUCAUGGCUGCAACUUUGCAAAAUUUUGUGGGAAUAUUAUAGACAGAGGUCCAUGCUUAUUAGUGGUAAAGGACAGGGACGGCCACAUAUUUGGUGGCUUUUCAUCUCUCUCCUGGGCAGUCAAGGGCCAGUUUCAAGGGGACAGUAGAUCCUUCCUGUUUACCAUUUCCCCCAACAUUGCAGUGUACACAUACAGUGGAUACAAUGAUCAUUAUAUGUAUUUGAAUCAUGGACAACAAACUAUACCAAAUGGAUUGGGCAUGGGAGGUCAGUUUGAUUACUUUGGGCUUUGGAUUGAUUAUGAUUUUGGGAAAGGACACAGCAAAGCAAAACCUAGAUGUUCUACUUAUAACAGCCCUCAACUAUCAGCCAAGGAAAAUUUUGAGUUCGAUGUCCUAGAGGUAUGGGCGGUUGGAGAUUUUGCAAAUGAGAAGUCAUCUGGUAAGAAGACUAUUCUGGACAGUAACAUUGAGGCACGGUGCUUGUUAGAAAUGACCGGGAAAAGUCGUUUUAGUGAUGGACUUCGAAAUCCAUGUGAUGACGAGGAGACAGAUGAAUAAGGUGCCAUCCUCAGCUGCGUGUUCUUCAUAAUUGGGAUCUGAUCAUCGUGGGACUAAAUUUUUAUCCCACGCUAUCCUAAUUUCAAUAUGUAAUGAAAACCUCCCCAUUGGUGCCAUAUCUAGAUUCAGUUAACUCUCUGGAAUUGGGUAAGAAGGUUGUUGACUGGAUAAGUAAAACAAUACCCUUUGUGUCUCCUC